AGAACUGUAGACACUGGGUGCGCGGUGAUAAAAGUGUCAGCCGGUCCGGCGGGAGCUUCAGUCGACGAGCGCUAGUGACGGUGAUGGGAGCCAUGGGGAGACAGAACUCACAUCAUCAUCUGCUGACGCUACUGUUGCCCGUGCUGGUCGCUGCCACCUCUGUGGACCCCGAGACCUCGCGACUAUUGGCGGAGGUGAAUGGCGGCCUGGCAGCGGACUCUACCGACUCUGACUCCGUGGGAGAGUCGAGCAUCUCCCGUCACGAUGUCGUGGGCCACUUCCCCGCUGGGCUGGCCCCGGUCGGAUAUGACACAACCCUGCCGUUUGGCGCCCGCACCAGACCCUCGUCGGAGCACCCCCUGAACGAGCACUUCAGCUACCUGGAUAAGGUACGACGGAAGCAGUACGGUGACAUCUACAGCAAGCAUCCGAAGCUACAUUAUAAGCCAAAAUACUACAAGUACCCGAAACAUGAUGGAGUGAAGUAUCAUAAGUCAAGCUAUGAUGAUGGGAAAUACGAUAAUCAUAAGUACAGCAGCUACAAGUAUGAGAAGCCCAAGUACAAAGAACUGAAAUAUAAGAGUUAUGAGUAUCCCAGGCACAAAUAUGCGACCAGUUAUGAGGAUCAUACCGAGUAUGUCCCAAAAUCGGUGUACGAGGCGCCCAAAUACCAUCACCAGUAUGAGCAUCACUUGGCGCCGGAGCCUUCCCAUUACUACAAGCCCCCUCCUCCGCACUACACUCCUGAGCCUCAUCCAGCUCAGUACGGGCCGUACCAUGGACCUGAGGGCGACUACCCGGUUCUUCCGCCGCCGCCCACCGCCCCCCACCACCUGCCGCCCCCGCCCCCGCCCCCAGCCGGCCACCACGCCUACCCGGCCGCCCCUGAGACCUUCCACUACACCGAGGAACAUCACGUGACCGAGACGUACCCGGCGCCUCCCGUGUACCCGGUGUACUCUGAGCCCCCGCCUCCUCCCCCGCGGGGCCAUCGCGGCGGGAAGUCGCUGGAUCGCUUCAGCUUCAACCCUGAACCGUACAUUGAGACCAUCGCAAUCGCUUACCACGAGAACGAGCGUAACUUCAACUCGCACAACCGGCAGCCCAAGCACUUGAUACCCGAGUACACCACGCCGCGGUACCAGAGCCCUCACCACGAGUACCGCCCGCCGCACGUGCAGCAGUACGCACCACGAGCACCCAAGUACGUGCCACGUGCGCCCGAGUACGGCCGCCACGUGCCGUACGCGCCUCCGCACGCUUCAGAGUACGUGGCUCCGGAGGAGCACGUGGCUCCCCAGGCCAGGGGUUAUGGACGUUUGGUUGGAGGUCAUGCCACACCGGAGCGUACCGUCACCUUGACCCCGUACCGGGUACAGGUCGGUACUCUGUACGGCCUGGCUUCGGCCGGGUCCAGCCUCUCAGAGACUGUGGUGAGCCCUGAUGGCACCUCGGGGACUCGGAAAGCGAGGACGGAGGACAAGGCGAAGGCUGAGGUGAAGUCUGGUGACAACAGUCAGGGGAGCCAGAAGGCGUGAUCGGCAUUGUUCGGGCUGGCUUCUGGUUAAAGGUGAGUAAAAGGUGAGAAGCCAUUGCCCGCGUUGUCAUAAUGAACUAUGUAGUUAUCAG